AUGGAGUGUUCCUCUCCAAACUUCGUUCUUAAAAUCAGCAUUCGGGCCCUUGAAAACAUCCACAGACCAGCUGACGGAGCAGAGUUUGAUUCAACCAUUCUCCUAGCGAUCUAUUACACGGCAGGGACGUGGCCUGACAUCGUGGCUAGGCUGCCGCACUUCAAUACCAACAUCGUGGAUAACGCUAGCGAGAGACCGAAACGGAUGGAAACAGUGCUGUGGCUGCAGGACAAGUGA